GUUAUUACCUACAUACAACUUCAAGUAGCACACAUUUAAAAAUUUUAUUAUAAAACUUUAAAACUUAGAGGUUAGCGUCCUUUAAUGAUCAAAAAACUAAUUUCUAGAAUAAUUAAAAAUUUAUUCGAAUCUAGUGCGCUUAGAGUUAGAACAAGGGUCGCCAUCUAGUAUUAGGUUUGUUUAUUUUUGUAUUUUUAUCUUGGACGGGAUUGGCGUAAGCGGUCACGUGACUAUGACGGGAUCGCUUUUUAGACAAAGAUGAACGCUGACUGGUUGUUUGGUUUUUGAUUCAGGCUGUCAAGUCACGUACGCCGAUUAGUGAGUUUGUGCGAAUACGUAUUGUAAAAUUCCGCGUAAAUACUGAAUAGAAGCAAAACAUAAAGUGCGGAGGCCUGAAAAAGCUGAAAUUAUUGAUAUUAUAGCGUAAUUUCAACAUGUCAUCUAGUAAAUCAAGCGUAGAUGAUCUUCUUGGAGAUAAAUUAUCUGCAGAAUCAUGGGUAGAUGUCAGUGCCGGUUCCACUUGUGGCUCCCAGAAUGGUGGCACUCCUGGAUCUAUAACUCACACAUUGUCAGUGGAAGACUAUUUACGUCUACUCAAAGAAGCCCAAGAAUCUAACCAGUCGUCAGCUAGAGUAUCGCUAGCUGGAUCGCGACGGGAUUCCCCCAGAAGCAGUCCGAAAUCACCACCGAAUAGUCCUGUCCAGGGUACUGCCCUCAACCUUGAAUGGCAAUCUUAUUAUAUUAAUUCCGAGGCUAAAGAGGAAUCAGACUUUUUCAACGAUUGGAGCAGUCGUCCUGACCAGCUACCUCCGAAAAAUUGGAGUUUCCGUCCACCGAAAAGGGAUCUUCUUAGUAUUCGUUAUGCUCGCGUAGGCAACAGUAGCGUGUUUUCCCGCAAAGGUCUCUGUACCCUGUUCCUCACCAAUUUAAUAUCCCUGUUACUGGGCACAGGCGUCGGUUUGUGGUUAAGUAAACACGGUUUUUUCAUACCCGCUAUCAAAGUGCGCUAAACAGAAAAGAUCUUGUGCCAGUGUUCCAAGCAAAGAUGAUUAAUGAGAAUUAGUUGUAAGUUUUUUUAUAUGGCUUGUUUGAUUUCCGUUCAAAUUGGAGUUAGAUAAGGUUCUUAUUUUUUUUUUUCACGCAUUUUGAUAUAGAAACCUUGUACACUAAUAUUAUUUAAAUGUACAUAAAGUUAAGGCAGGUGUGAAACAAUCAUGUAACCUCUUCUCAUGCAGCUGAUUGGCUUAUUUCUAAGGGAUUAAGGAACUUUAGCGAAAUUGCUGCAAUGUUGGAAAAAAGCCAAUAAGCUGUUUGUACUCGAUCCGUGUGAAGUGCGCCACUGUUGGACUAUUUCAUACGGAAUCUAAAUAUAUUGAAUUCUAAAUUAUUGUCUACAUUAUCACUAUUACAUCACUUCUGAACGCUUAAACAUCCUAAGUCUUUAAUUGUACUCAUCCCUAUUGCAUUAACAAUUUUUCUAAGAAUUUAAAGAUGUAAAAUAUUAAUUUGAGACAGAGUGCAUCUAAAAAUAUAUCAAUAGCUUGUGAAUGCUGCCUUGUGAAUGAGACUGGGAAUUUUUCUACUGUGUAGUGGGAAACGAAAUACCACUUUAAAGCUUAUUUUGUAUCUUAGAAAAAAAAUACUAAAUCUCCCUAUUUAUCUAUUGUUAUUUCUUAGAUAUAAUUAAUUUAUACCAUUAAUGUUAGAUUAUAGAUGUCUCCCCAUCCCCUAUAUGAUGUUUUCGGUUUACUUCUUUUCCUAUAUGUGGAAAAUUAAAUCAUUAUUGUUCUUUAAAUUAAAGAACGUAACUUUAAACAAUCUAGGAAUAGCAAUAUACCCUGAAUAAGUCCAAACAUUUUGACCACAUAUGUAUGUUUCGAUAAAAAUGCAUGUAAUGAAGUAUAUACGUAGUUAAAAUGUUAGUUCUUAUUUCUAGGAUACCCUGUAGACCAUCAUCGCGUUUACUUAAAACACAUCGAUCCAUCAAAGAAUUGAAUUAUCAAUAUUUCAUGAAAAUAUGUAAGUAGGUACAUAGUUUGAAGAAAGAAAUCAUGCUGGUCGUGUUUUACAACAACUGCUGUAGACCCACUCUAGACGUUAUUUAUUUUUAGUUGUAGAUAAAGCAAUUCUUUAGAUUUUUUACGAAAUUCCUAUUUGUUGGUAGCCAGUGUCGAGCAAUAAUGGUUCAAUUAAAAGAAACGCACAGUGCGAAAGGUUUUAAGCAAUUCUGACGGAAAAAAAUCGAUGGAUUUUAAUUUUUUUAUCAAGUGUUACGUUACCAACCGAGAUUUAAUGUCAGUACUGCUUAAAACUGUAUGAAAUUAGUCUGUGUUUUAUCCCUGACUGGUAGAUAAUGGAUAAUUGUGGAGUUUGUUUUUAGUUUCCUUGUUUUCUAGUUUUCUACCAGUGUUCUGUUGUGUUAUACUCUGGCUAAGCUGGAGAUUAUCAAUUUUUAAAAUUUACCUUUAGAUUUUAGCAUUACUUAAGAAUUUCGUGUUUUCAAGUAAUCAAUAAAUUUUAUAAAUGGAA